CACUCAACAGGCAUAGUUGAAGCGAUUGUGCGGUCAAACUAUCACGUUCGCGAGGGAAGCUGAUUGGCCCGUUUGUGCCAACGCUGUCUGUUGAUACGCGCGCGAUAAUUUUACUAACUAAAGUCGUUGAAAGUGUAAAUAACAUUUAUUUAUAAAAAUGACAAUUCGUUGAUUUAAAAUUGAGAACGAAUAACUGUGUCAGUGUAUAGUUUUGCAAUAAUGUCUUCCUUACAUUCGGAUGACGAUCAAGAGGAAAUCAAUGUCGAUUCUGACAGUAGACUCUCUGGACAGUAUGAUAGGAGCAUCGGAUCUGAUAGAGAUUCGGAUUGCUUCAACGAGAGAUACAGAGAUUCUCCCAAUGAGCACAUGACUGAGACUCAACAGCACCAGCAGAGGGUGAAUCUCCCCUUCAGCAUAUCCAGAUUAUUGGGCAAACAUUUCGAGGACAUAGACAAGAGGAGAAAUUCCGGGGAAAGUGACGAUAGGAGUGACCAGGACACUGAAUCUGAAAGUGCUAAGGACGAUGGGAAGGACUCUAGUUUAUCGUUGAAUUUCGCUCAUAACCCUGGACUUUACCCUAACUCUAGUUUACUCUUACGACCCGGUUUGGCUUUGGGGGGUGGUUACUUUCCCAAUAACCCUGGCGUUGUGAGGGUGCCUGCUCAUAGAGCUCUGGGAGCGCUGGGAGCGUGGGGCGUAGCCCUAGACCCCAUGAGGCAGGCGGCUGCCGCGGCCUUCGCUCAUCAAGUUGUGAAGGAUAGACUAAAUGCAUCAUUCCCCAUCACGAGGCGGAUCGGUCACCCUUACCAGAACCGGACGCCACCAAAGCGGAAGAAACCCAGAACAUCGUUCACCAGGAUGCAGAUAGCUGAACUGGAGAAGCGGUUCCACAAACAGAAGUACCUCGCCUCAGCUGAGAGGGCUUCCCUGGCCAAGACCUUGAAAAUGACAGACGCGCAAGUGAAAACGUGGUUUCAGAACCGGCGGACGAAAUGGAGAAGACAGACAGCAGAAGAGAGGGAAGCAGAACGCCAAGCGGCGAACCGCUUGAUGUUAUCCCUUCAAGCGGAAGCGCUGAGCAAAGGCUACAUGCCAGAAGCACCGCCCGGCUCCGCACCGCUUUCAGCGCUUCAUUAUCAAACGCCCAACACAGCGCCCGCUCCGCCAACGAACACCGCUUUAAGCGCUUUACAGAACUUGCAGCCCUGGGCUGGUGGGCAGGGCUCAUUCAUAAACGCCCCUGGUACAGCCCCAACACAUCCACCGCCUGUCGCUUCGCCUAUAUGUUGAAAUAUGUAUGAUAAGAGUUAGUUAUGCAAUCAAUAAUAUAAGAUCAAAACAACUUAGUGAAGUCCUUCGAAGAUAUAAAGUAACAAAACAUUUUUUUUAUUUAUUUAUCUGUAAAAAAAAUUAAUAAAGAGAAAGAAUGAUCAGAGAGAUGAAAAUGUAGGAACGCGGUGUAUCGAUUGAAAAUCGAUUAUCUAAAGUGCGAAUUAUGCCUAUUGGAUAAAAGAAACUACCUAGUUAUUUUUAUCUGAAGAAUGAAGCGACGAACAUAUAAACAUAACCAGUAGACCUAAGAUUUGCAAGAAAUAACGAGAUAAUUUUGCCUU